GAACAAAUCAACUGAAAAGAGAAAGGCUUGCAGAAAAGCGAAAGGGAAAUUUCCACGGUGAAGAACAGAGCAGAUCGGCUAUAAUGAACACAAUGCAGUGUUGGGGCUCUAAUCUAUUCCCAAUUGAUGCAAAAGGCAUAUGUUUCUUACAAUUUCCUUCACCAUAGACAUAUUCAACUGCGAGAUUAUGAGCUUUGAUUCGUCCGUAAGCAUUGUUUUGGCUGUGUGACAGAUGCAGAUUGAAUUAUGGCUUUAUCCUGUGCUUUUCCCGCAAUUCCUUCUUCCUUUUGCUUUCUUUGCUUGUUUCAUUCCAACAAAUCGAGCAAUGGGUUUCAUCAAGAGACCAAGAUUUGCAAGGGAUUUGGCGGAGUGACAGCCCCUUCGAGCUCUGGCGGAAUUCGAGGCGGUGAUGGGGAUUUAAUUGGUUCGCGUUCGAGGCAAGCGGCUGGUUUUCUUAUCACUCGCCAUAGCUCUUGGAAUUGGAGAUUGAAUGCUGUUAGCAUUGACUCCGCAACCAACUCCCGAGCUCGUAUCUCCACUCUUCACGACAAAGGCCACAAUGUUGCCGCCGCUACACUUGAAUUCCACGUUACUUGUUACCAGCUUAUUGGUGUCCCAGAAAAAUCGGAAAAAGAUGAGAUUGUUAAAUCGGUGAUGGAAUUAAGAAACGUUGAAAUCGAAGAAGGUUACUCCGUUGAUGCCAUUGCAUCUCGCCAGGAUCUUUUAAUGGAUGUGAGAGAUAAGCUUCUGUUUGAACCACAUUAUGCUGGUAAUAUGAAGGAAAACAUCCCACCUAAGUCUUCCAUUCGAAUUCCUUGGGCUUGGUUGCCAGGUGCUCUUUGCCUUCUUCAAGAGGUUGGACAAGCAAAAAUAGUGCUCGACAUUGGAAAGACAGUUAUUCAAUGUCCAUUGGCUAAGCCUUAUAUGCACGAUAUACUGCUUUCCAUGGUAUUAGCAGAGUGUGCAAUUGCAAAGAUUGGUUUUGAGAAGAACACGGUGUCUCAAGGUUUUGAAGCUCUGGCACGUGCUCAAUAUCUACUAAGAGGUCAAACAUCUCUUCGGAAACUAAAAUUGUUAUCUCAGAUUGAAGAAUCUUUGGAGGAACUUGCACCUGCUUGCACACUGGAGUUGUUGGGAAUGCCAAGCUUACCCACCAAUACUGAACGGAGAGCUGGAGCAAUUGCAGCGUUACGUGAAUUGCUGAGACAAGGUCUUGAUGUGGAAACAUCGUGUCAGGUUCAAGAUUGGCCAUGCUUCUUAAACCAAGCUCUUGGUAGGCUAAUGACAGCAGAAUUGGUUGAUCUUCUUCCAUGGGAUGAAUUAGCUUUUAUAAGAAAGAACAAGAAAUCAAUUGAGUCACAGAAUCAAAGGGUUGUGGUUGAUUUUAAUUGCUUCUAUAUGGCUUUCAAAGCUCAUCUUGCCCUUGGGUUUUCAAGCAGGCAGACAGACUUGAUUGAAAAAGCAAAAACUAUAUGUGAAUGUCUGAUAGCAUCAGAGGGAGUCGAUUUGAAACUUGAGGAGGCUUUUUGUGCUUUUCUUCUUGGUCAGUGCAGUGAUUCUGAGGUUUUUGAAAAGCUUCAUCAGUCUACUUUGAAUCCAAAACCAGCUAUGCCUACUCGAUUGUCAAAUUCAGGAAUGGAGAAAAAGAAUGCCGAGAACACAUAUCAAUCAUUGGAAAUAUGGCUGAAGGAUACUGUCCUUGGUGUCUUUAAAGAUACGCGGGAUUGCUCUCUGACGUUGACUAGAUUUUUCCGCAGCGAGAAGAAAACGGAAGCAAAGAAGAAAAUUAACCAUUCUCAUCAGAGUAUAGUUCACACGAAUAACAGGCCCAUAUCCUCUUCUUCUGGAUCAGAGUGGAGGGAUGUUGAGGACUCCUUUCCUAAUUUGAGUACCUCACAAAAUCUUGGGAACAUUGUUAGACGGUUAACACCUACUAACUUGCCAAGUCAAUUAGGAACGGACAAAAAAACAAUUGAUGCCAACUCAUCAUCAGUUCAAUUGAAAAGGGACCUUCGCAUAAACAAAUGGAAAAUUUCAGAAUUAUGGCUGGUCAGGGGCAGUCUUGUCAAGAACAUGAAAGUUCUUUUUGUAGUUGGAUGUAUCAGUUUUGCUUGCUUCAAGCUAACGAGCAUGAUGAUAAAGAUGAAUCUUGUUCCUACAUGGACCCCACAUAAAACAAGCCUGAAUACCAGCUCUCUUUUCAGCGAUGAGGCUUUGUCUACAGAUAAUGUUAUAGCUCCAAAUAUGAAGAGGAGUUCAAAUCUUAGUAGUCUUAAAAAGCUUUUGUUGAAGUUAAUGAGGAAGGGGAGGAUUUUAUCAGGCAGAAGUGAUGUGCCAUUAUUAUCUGCAAUUACUGCUCCACUCAAGCUGAUGUCGAUUGAAGAAGCUGAAGCACUUGUGAACCAAUGGCAAAAGAUCAAAGCUGAAGCUUUGGGACCUAACUAUGAAAUAUAUAGACUUCCUGAAAUUCUCGAUGGAACAAUGCUUUUCCAGUGGCAAGCUCUAGCUGAUGCUGCAAAAGCUAAAUCAUGCUAUUGGAAAUUUGUUUUGCUGCAAUCGUCUGUCCUACGAGCUCAACCUUUGUCAGAUAAGUUUGGAGCAACGACGUUAGAAAUUGAGGUUCAUCUAGAGGAAGCAGCUGAGCUUGUCAAUGAAGCUGAACCAAAGAACCCAAACUAUUAUAGCAACUAUAAAGUUCGUUACGUGGUAAAGAGGCAGCAGGAUGGUUCUUGGAAGUUCUAUGAAAGUGACAUUCUAGUACCAACUUAGUAGAGGGACAUUCAUUGGUUAAGACACAAAUAGAGGAAUUUUUGCUCAUUUGGUCUCGGGAGAAAAUAAAAACGAAAAGGAUGUAAAGUUCUGGUUGUAAAGUAUUUGAUUCUUUGGUCGUUAAUAACAUUCAUGAAUUACUUGCCUCAGUAUUUUGUACACAUUUGGUUUGACAUGAAAUGAUGGAAGAACUUUAUAUCAA